AUGAGGUCCAGAUCAAAGGUGCGUUGCCGUCCGCCCAGUCGAGUCGUCCCUCAACGUCGCGUAGUUUCUGCGUGUGGGAUCUGUGGAACGGACAGGAGUCCCCUCCGUGACUUGGUAGGCCCCGACUCACGCGAACAGCUCAUUCCGGGCCACGAAAUCGUCGGCACCAUCGCCAAAAUCGGGAAAAACGUGUCCGGAUUCGCUGUGGGAGAUCGAUGCGUCGUCGACCCCGGCAUCACCUGCGAUAAAUGCUUUUUCUGCCGCCGGGGCCAGUCGCUGCUGUGCGAGAACUUCGAGAGCCUGGGUGUGACCGUGUCCGGCGGGUUCGCGGACUACGUGACUGCGGCGAGCAAGAAGGUGUACAAGAUACAGAAUCUAUCGGACGAGGAGGCCACCCUCGUCGAGCCGGCCGCCUGCGCGCUGCACGGCGCGGACAAGCUGAACCUCCCCGUCGGCUCCGACGUGCUCAUCCUCGGCUCUGGGCCGACCGGCCUGAUCCUCGCCCAGAUCCUCAAGCUCAACGGCGCGGCCAAGGUCGUUAUCGCCGCCAACAAGGGCAUCAAGACGCAGAUCGCACGCGACCUCGGCGCCGCGGAUGUGUACUACGAGAUCGACCGGGCCGCGCCGGAGCAGACGUGGGCGCGGCUCAAGCAGGAUUUUCCGUACGGAUUCGACGCGGUGGUCGAGGCGACGGGCUCGGAGAAGGUCGCGAACGACAGCAUCAACUACGUGCGCCGCGGCGGGACGCUCAUGGUCUACGGCGUGUACUCGAACGACGCGCGCGUGCACUGGCCGCCGUCCAAGAUCUUCGGGGACGAAAUCAAGAUCAUCGGCUCCUUCGCGCAGACGUUCUGCUUCCCCCGCGCCGUGGCGUAUUUGGAGAGCGGCAAGAUCAGCGUCAAGGGCAUGGUAACGGAUGUCUUCGCCAUCAAGGACUUCCAGAAAGCGCUGGACAAGCUCGAGAGCAAGUCCGCCCUCAAAGUCGCCGUGAAGCCCACGCUGUGAUCGCCAACCAAGCUGCGCGAGUGUGCGAUCCC